AUUUCAUAACCUUAGGACACUGUUUAUGGCAUUGACUUGUGAUUGUAUUUGAUUUAUAUUUUGUUGAAAAUGAAAUAAAUGAUAAUGAAAAAAAAGAAAUAUCCUACACGGACUCUACUGAACAUCGAACAUGUCAAAGGAAUUCCUUUCCAUCUCAUUUAGCAUUUUUGCCAGUGACAUGUAACUAUUUGAACGUGGCAUUGAGCCAUUUUGUUACCAUAGUAACACUGCGACCUACAUCCAUCAUGUCCAUUGACCAUUGGUAAUUGAUAUUCCUUAUAACCGUUUAAUUGACCCUGGCCCCUCUGUGUUGGGCUAUCUUGCUUCCUGACCUUAUAUGCUACUAUCGUUUUCCUUCAAAAAUGAUCUAUAAACCUAGUUAUAAUGACCUUUUAUCAUCUUUAGACGCAGCGAGGACCUAUGAUGUCCUGUGCAGUCAAGUCCAGUCCUGAUUUAUGGCGGUCUUUAAUCAUCCACCAUGUCAUACAGGUUGGGCCUAUUUGAAAGCAUUACCCAGGUUGAACAUUACAUCAGAUUUAGACCUACCUAUCAUGCCUAUCCUGCAGAGCUGUUUCAUAAGAUAUCUUCCUUCUUGACUGAAAAGAGGCCCCCUCCCCAUCAGCUGCUUGUAGAUGUUGGUUGUGGAUCUGGCCAAGGGACCUACAGCUUGAGCUCACAAUUUGAACGCGUCAUCGGGUUUGAUGUGAGCAAGGCACAAGUGGAUGCCGCAACGAGGGCAAAUACUGCCCCAAAUGUUGAAUUCAAAGUUUCCCCAGCAGAAGUUCUUCCCCUGGAAGACCAAUCAGUGGAUCUCAUUACAUGCUCUCUGGCUGUACAUUUGUUUGAUUUCCAUGCCUUCUGUGAGGAAUGUAGGCGGGUCUUAAAGCCAAGUGGAUGCCUAGCUAUCAUCAAUUAUGGAAAACUUAUGAUGAAUCACAAGAAUGAGGAUGUGAGGAAUAAACUGGCCGAAUAUUCUGAUGAGCUUUUCAAGAAAAGGCUCGGUCCUUACUGGGAUCCAAGGGCUAAAAUUUCUUACGAUAACUUGAUAGGCUAUGAGAUACCUUUUCCAGAGUUUGUGAGAGAUGAUUUAUUGGAGCUGAGAUUGCAGUGGUCUGUUUCUCACCUUAUUGGUUAUAUCCAGAGUUUGUCAUCCUACACAAAAUACCUUGAAAAUAACCCAUCAGGAAAAAUUCUAGAAGAGUAUCAGAAAAAGUUCAUGUCAGCUGUGGCUAGUCCUGGUUCGUCUUCAGAAGAUACAAUGGUUGAAAUAGUCGCUCCUCUAACCUUGCUCUUAGGACGUAAUUCCUAAACGUUUAAAAUGAUUUUGGUUAAGAAUAAAAUAGAGGGAGAGCACAAAAGCACAAAUUUUACCAAAAAGUGUUUGAAGAAAAACGAAGAAGCCCACUUUGAAAAAUAAAAGCAAACUUGUUACAGUAAUAAUAAUUUACAGAAAUAAACUUACCAAUUUUAGAACUACAAAACAACAGUAUUUUAAUAAUAUAUUUCAAAAGUGUAAAAAUGACAAUGAAAAUAACUUGGUUUAUGACGUAAAUAA